CUGGCCUAUAUCUUCUCCUGACUGACCCUCCAGCUCUUUUUUAUUUUGUUUUGUUUGCUAUUAUUUUAUUUGACUUUACUUACGGUAGCAUCAUGAUUCUCAUGUCCCUCAAUGACAAUGUUAAUAAUUUUACUUCCUCCUCAAUCUCCUCCAUUUUGUGGUUACUCUAAAGCAAUAUCACUGGACUUUCCAUUUUUCAUUUUUUUAGAAAUUGUCCAGAGAAAUUUGAAGUGGGUGUGGCGAGUUUUCAUACUGAAACACUUUUUGGAUGAUGUUUGAACCGAAAAUCCAAAUAAUCGAAAACUAUUUUAUUGUCUCCACACUUCACACUAUUUUUAACAUGUUCUAUUAUUCUAAUAUUAAUAUACAACAAAGUGUUCCCAACUUUUAUAACUUCCUCCAUUUUGCUUUAAAAUAUUAUUUGUACAUCUCUAUCCAAUCCCAAUCUUUAUAGUGAGUGUGUUAUAGGUUGAUAGAUUAGCAAUAGUCGGUGUGCUAGAAAGGUUUAUUGUUUUGGUAGACUUUUGAGGAUACUGUCCCAGUGACAAGCCAAAAGUAAUAAUUUUACAAUUCUUAUGUAGUCUCCUAAGAUGUUAUGUUCUAUUCUGUUUCUUUCAUUUUAAGUUAUACCACUACGGAAGCAUUGUGUGCUAUUUUCAUAUAAUGAUGCUAAUAUACACUCAUUUUCAACUCUAUAACCGUUGCCCCUACUGGUGGUGCUACAUUUGAGCGAAAACUUGUUGUGGUUGCUAUGGCUACCUCAACUGUCCAAUCGCCGACUGCUUGUGAGUAGCCAACCCUGACGCAGGAGGCGGGAAUACGGGUAGAAAGAACCCUUCACGGUUUUCACUAGAAGCGAUACAGCUUCCUCCACUGGGCAUGCGCACUUCAAUACCGCAUACUUUCUGUCACGCUAAAAACAGUUGAUUAAUAUUUGUUUAUUAUUGUCAGGUUAGGUGUGGGGUUGGGGUAGGUGUAGGCGUUAGCUAAUGUAAUUUAUUGUAAUUAUAUGGCGAGAUUUUGCACCACUUACGGCCGGAUAUGUAUCCCUUCUAGCAAUAACCCCCAUGCACUGAUCCCAUAACAUAUUUCCUGUUUCAGAAAUGAAAGUAAAGCGCCGUAUGGUUAGAGUCAAAGUCUACAACAAUAAUUUAAGUGACAGUUCAACAUUAAAAGAAAAGGGAAACUGUUCUUUUUUAUGGAUAAGAAUGGGAAAGGGUUUUCGGCAAUCUGCAUUAUUGUUAUCGUAUGUAGUUUGUGGCGGUGUUUUGUACCAACUGUAUUGUUUUGAUUACCUUGACAACUUCCAGAAAGCCAUUGGUAGUAACAAGAGAUGGCGAGCCCGCCAUUACGAGCGAUAUGUAAUAAAGUGAAACUUAAUAUCGAUUCAUCCACCAGACGCCUACUUCAAGACGCGAAUGUUACAGCUGAACGUAAAGAUGAUUAUUUGGUUGCCAGCGGCACAUUCGAAGACGUAAAUAAAACGUUUCAGUAUUUAAAUGCACACGAUACAUAUAGUGUUCAUUCAAACGAUGAGAUGAAUACGAGAAGCUACGCCAUAGCAGGUCGCUCCUUACCACCAGCUCAAGCACUUGAGGUUGAUGAAACUGUCAUGCGUUACAUCAAAAAAAGAAAACCGGAGCAGUUUGAAAGAAUCAAAAGGAAUCACGUCGAACUUGAAGAACGCAAAAGACACGUGACCUUUUCGUCUUUGACUGGAGAGAACAUCCAUGCUCAACUUGCGCGAGAAGAGUUCAUAACAUUAUAUCAGAAAACUGCAACAGGGCUGCAAACCCGAGAAUACGAUUCACAUCCAAAAAUGAUGGACCGGCUCAGUGCAGAAUUUCCAGAUCUCCUGAUCGACACCAGUAGAGAUAAGCUGAUGCUGACCGGUAGCUUCAUUAGCCUUGAGAGAUUUGAGACGUUUUUAAGUGAUGAAGGCUCUUCACGGAACCAAGUCCUAAAUACAGCAAGACACUAUGGUACACAUGAUAUACAACCUGUGAUACAAAAGAAUACAACAGUCGAAGCCAAACAGGAGACAUGUCCAAUUUGUCUAGAUACAAUCAGGAAGGGUGACUGUGAAGUCUUGCCUAAAUGCAAGCACUGCUUUUGUAAAGGCUGUUUGAAGAGUGCUUUCCAGCUAAAACCUAUUUGUCCAGUUUGUGGAGAGAUGUACGGCAGUCUUACGGGGACACAGCCGAAAGGAGGAACCAUGAAUGUCUCAAGGGAUAACUCAUCCUUACCUGGAUAUGAGAGAUAUGGAACAAUCAUAAUUAACUACCACAUACCAAACGGAAUUCAGCAGGAUGAACACCCCAACCCAGGCCGGUCUUACCAGGGAGCAGCUCGCACCGCUUACCUCCCUGAUUCAUCAGAGGGCAGGAAAGUACUGAAGCUUCUGGAAAGGGCAUUUGACCAGCGACUCACUUUCACUAUUGGUCAUUCCUCUACCACUGGAAGGAAUAAUGUGGUGACCUGGAAUGACAUUCACCAUAAAACAUCUCGUACUGGGGGACCAACAAAUUACGGUUACCCGGAUCCGGAGUACCUGAAACGAGUCCAAGAUGAACUGAAAGCAAAGGGAAUUUAUUGAAUUUGUUACUAUUUAACCUAGUAACUUAUACGGACACUAAACUUAUUACAGAAGCAGAAUGUAUUUCUCAUGCAACCAGAAGCUGUUUAAAUAAACAAGGAUAAAAUCUAAGUUAGUGUUAAAAUGUUAAGUUAGACUUUUUGAUCACAGCACAACAUAUAAUGUUCUCUCUAUUUACACAUUUGGUUAUCACAGUUUAAGAUGUAUAAUGAAAACGCACUAGUGUAGACAGUGUCAGUGUGGGUAACAAGAAACACAUGAUAACAUUUUAAUUUCAUGAGGCAAUAUGUAAAUAAUUGGGAGAAACAUGGCUUAAAAAAGGUAAAACAUUUUUCAUUGGGGGAAAUUAUAUUCAAUAUAUAAAAUAUGAUGGGGCCACAUAUGAAUAGAAAUAGCUAGUUUAGUUUUACUUUGAACACUACUGCUGUAUUUACUUGUGAUACUAAUAAAGUAUUUUGGUGUUUUGUUUAU